UGUGCCUUGUUAUUUUGCGGGUUUAUUUGUGCUGUGUCAGAUUAUUUGAAGUGUUUUAGUUAGUUUCUUAACAGUUGGAUAGUCUAAAAUUGUCUAAAAAGUGAGCGCUUUGACACAGUAACCACAUGGAAGCGUUGCUGGGCCUCUGGGAUGUUUAAAGGCAGAAGGAGCAGGGAGUUAGCAAACAUAGCUAACACAACAAUCCACGUUAUAUUAACGCUAAAACUUAGCCGAUAACUUCAUCACCGUCUUUAUCAUUUACCAGGUACUGUAUAGUUUCAGGAUGUCUAAACUCGAACGUUUGAAUGCCCGCGUAGCCAAGCUGCUCACUGAAGCAGUGCAUGAGGUUCUGGAUAUGGUGAAGGAGACCGUGUCUGAGUACCAGGAGAAAACCUCCAGAACUGUAAGAGAAAAUGAGACUCUACGAAGGCGACUACAGGAGCUCCAGGAUAAGCUAUCAAGAGAGAGCACAUCGGUUCUACCUGCAGGUGGACUGUUGCCCGAGGAAAAAGGAUGCACAGUCACUCAUGAGGAGGACUUAAGCCUUACUCAGAGGCAUAACUCAGACAUUACUGCGCCAGAGCAAAUCCCAGUAAGCAGUCACAACCCAGACAAUGACGUGAAGCAGGAAUCCAAACGGCAGGAAAACAACAAUGAUGCUGAGUCACAUGCUGAGUGUGACUUGGCCCAACCAUCAACAGAACAAUGCCACGCACAACCUGAGGAGUUGAUUCAAAUGAUUCGGGAAGACAUAGAAACCCAGAACGCAAACAUGAAUAUCUGUGCCAUCUCUUCCAAUGAUACAUUUCAUCCUGGCACUGCACUCGGAGUAAACACUGUUAUUAAAAGAGAACUAGAGCCAACAGACUGCACAUCAGACUCAUCAUCUCUACAAGAACAUUAUAAUGGAUGUGUGGAUUUAAGCUGCAACUCCUCUCGUCACCACACUGCUGAGACCCUGGGGCAGCGAGGUGCUGCCGAACCUUAUGGACUUGUCUUAGUUCACUCAAAUUCAACAGUACAGAAAAGACUUGUUUUGUCAAAAACCAACAGGGUUUCCUUUGAUAUGAGAAAACACAGGAGGGGGAAUGAGUCAGUAAUACUGACCCACACGUGUAUUGUGUGUGGAAAGACAUUUAGCAGGGUUGGGAACUUAAGGAUCCAUCAGCGAUGUCAUACGGGAGAGAAGCCAUAUGGCUGCAUACAGUGCGGGAGAUGUUUCAGUCAGGCCGGAGACCUGAAAAAACACAAGAGGGUCCACACAGGAGAGAAACCUUAUUAUUGCAGCCAGUGUGGGAAGAGCUUCAGUCGAGGGGAGAAUCUUAAAAGACACCAAAGAAUCCACAUUGGUGAGACUUUACAGUUACAGCGAGCGUGGAUGGAGCAGCAGUAACAAUGUCUGUACUGGACUCAGCAAAUAUUCAUACUUAGUGAUGGAAACCUGUUACCUAGCCCUCUUCAGGACUUUAGUAAAUCCUUUAACUUUAGUAUAGGUUUUUGUGUGCUCUACCUGGUCAAACUGAAGUCUGCUCAGUCAUAGUAGGUGAAACUAUGACUGGAUAUGUGCAUCUGUUGUAACGUAGUACUGUUCUAAACAUUAUACAGUAGAAAGAAAAAAUUCAAGACAUUGCGAUUUGUUUAAAACAAGUUGUAAUAAUGUAUCUAUUUAGUAUUGAUUUUACACUAAACUGAUCCAUUGAGUCAUAUCCGUUUUUCAAAUAAUUGACGAUGAAGGCGUCAAAGCUGAUGAUCAAUAUAUUUAAAAACCUGAAUAGCAUGAUUGUAAACAAUUUUGCCAUAUUUUCCUAAAUGCGUGAAAACUGCUUUCUCUUAGAAAUAUUUAUUCUAGACAUACUGAGUUUCAGUAAAAGUGUUUGGAUUUUCACAUUAGAGGCAAUAAACUAAUUUAUUGCA